AUGGUCCAGGCAUCUACUUUAACUCAAAGCGCUUUAUUGACAACAUUGUUUGCAGUUUGUUGCCAAGGUGCUGCUAUCGACCCAAGAUCCAACGAUGUUGUCUCCGUGAAUUUUGAAGUAUCGUAUCGUGAUGCACUCGCCGAUGAUGAUUCAGUCCUUGGUGGUUCAGCAUUUGACAAACGUAGCAAAGAUGAGCCCAACAGAGGUUAUAUCAAAACUGACUUAAAGCACCGGAAAAGUUUCUACACCACCCAACUCAAGAUUGGCUCUCACAAGGAAAAAAUCACAGUUGUUGUUGACACUGGAUCUAGUGAUUUGUGGGUUCCUAGCUCUGAAGCUAAAUGUCUUGAAGAUUCUAAAUGCAGAAGCGAAGGAACUUAUUCGGUUGAAAAAUCGAAAUCUUCAAAGCCAUUGAACCAACCAUUUUCAAUAGAGUAUCCCGAUAAUGAAACCGCAUCAGGUGUUUAUGUCCAAGAUUCAGUGGAGAUUGGUAAAACUACAGUUUCUAAUCAACAAUUUGCAGUUGCUAAUACUUCGACUGCGGGUAUGGGAGUCUUGGGUAUCGGAUUGCAAUCAGAUGAGCAAACGAAAGAUAAUUAUGUCAAUUUUGUUUUCAGUUUGAAGAAGCAAGGGUCGAUUAGUAAAGCUGGAUAUUCUUUGUAUUUACCAGAGAAGGAAAAAAAGUCAGGUACGAUAUUGUUUGGUGGUAUUGAUGAGGAGAAAUACUCAGGCAACUUGACCCAGUUUGAAGUUUCAUCUGAUAAGUUGUCGGUUCCUUUACAAUCGGUGUCGUAUUCAGGCAAAGAUAACAAAAACGAAACCGAAGCCAUUAUUGAUUCCGGGUCAACUUUUUCAUUUUUGCCCUCUGGUAUCGUUGGUGGUAUUGCUGAUGCCUUGAAUGGUUCUUAUUCAGAUUCAUUAGGCGUUUACGUUGUCGAUUGCAAGAAUAGAGGCAAGAAAAGUGGAUACUUGUCAUUCAAUUUUGAAAAUGACACCAGCAUCAUGGCCCCAUUAUCCCAUUUCGUUCUCCGUUUAAAGCAGAUCAAGCAUCAUGUUCCGGACUAUGAAAAGAAUCAUUGUGGUUUGAGUAUAUUCCCUAGUGAUGACGAAACGGUUUUGGGAGACAACUUUUUAAGAAGCGCCUACAUUUCGGUUGAUUUGGAGGACAAACAGGUUGGGUUAGCUCAAGUUAAGCAUUCAAGGCAUCAUUCAUAUAAAAGUCUUUGA